GGUUAUGUAAUUGAUCAUGCACCAUGGCCAUCGGUUGAUACAAAUAAAAUGGAAAGUUCUUGUGAUGAUACGAUGAAUGCUUGGAAAAAAGAAUUUGACAAUGAUAUGAAAACAGAUCAUUUAUACAAUACUAAAGAAAAUGGUUAUGAUCGCUGGGAUGAUUAA